CUGCUCCACCCAUUUCCAUUCCAGACUGGUUUGGCUGGCUGCGGUAGUAUGUGUUUCUGACAUUCUAACCUAGAACAGUGUUAUAAGCUCUGAAAAGACCUCUUAUCUACACCUGAAGAUGAUAUGGUGUGUUGUCAUCCUGUUGGCCGGUGCCCUCACUGUGGACUCCUAUGCUGUCCAUGAUCUCCAUGAGCGUUUGGCCCAUGGUCGCCAGCUGAAGAUCUACCUGCCCAAAAGUGCAGAAAAGCUGGAGUUCAUUCCAGCUGAUGACCCUGGAAAAGUCCUUCUGUACUGGGAGAGGGGCAGAAUCAGGUCAUCCAAAGGCAGGGUGUCUGGCACAGGCAGUGACCGACGAUGGUACAUCGACAAGGUGACUUAUGAGGAUCAAGGGACGUACACUCAGAGAGACUACUGGAAUAAAGAAAUCUCCACCGUCAAAGUGGCCGUCACACCCAGACGUAACUAUGUCAAGUGUGUAGCAGGAGAGAGUCUCUACAUCUCACUGGAGGGCAUUGACCUGGCUGACGCUAUCCUCUCCUUCUCUGGGCAAGCUGCCAAUGUUACACUGGUACGUGAUGGUGCUCGGGUGUCCCAGGACCUUCCAGAUUACUGGGACCGGGUUCUCACUCACUCUAUGAACAUUGAGAUCAGGAACGUGAACUACACCGACGAGGGACAUUAUACCCUGAGAGACCGCAUGGACCGGGUGGUGUCUGUUACCAGGAUGGACCUAACAGACCAUCAUGAGAGCCCUCAGGGAAACCCUCUGUUGGCCCUGCUCUUACUGCUGGGCCUCCCAGCUGGGAUUUGCUGCUGUUGUCGGAAGAAGAUUUUCAAGAAGAAAGCCUCCACUACUGCAACGCUACAGGCCACUCCAGAUGCAGUCCAUCCUCCUCCAUCUGGACCUGUUGGACCUUGUCCUCCCUACAAUGCCCCUGGACAGCCAGGAGUGGUGUACUACCAUGGCCCUGACCCUAACAUGGCUCCUACAGUUCAUCCUCCCCCCGGUCAGUGGAACGGUCCUCCACCUUCCCCAGGUGUUAACCCAGGCUACCCUCCCCAGAACCCUAUCUACCCUCCUGCUGGUCCAGGUGUGAUGCCCCCUGCCCAGCCUCCACAAUGGAACGGUCCACCACCAGGCCAGUAUCCCCCUGGACCUGCAGCUCCAAUGGGCUAUGGUCCAGCUCCGGUCAUGUAUAGCGCUCCGCCACCAGCAGCUGAUGCGGAACCUGUGAAAAAGGAGAAUAUGGCUUCCUCACCUGCUGACCCUCUGCUGACUGCCUCACCACAGGAGAACACUGCCUCCUUUCCUGUAGCUCCUGUGCCCCCAUCCUCCACCACCAAUCUCAGCUCCGCUGACAGUGUGAAGUUUGAGAUUGAUGGAGAGAGAACCUCCACCAACUUCCUAUAGGGAAGCUGACUCUUGGAGCAGCUUCUUCUCAGUCCGUCUGUUACAGUGUCCCUCUGUGAUCAUUUUGUGUUCUUGCGGUCUCUAAGUAGUCAAGUCUAUGGAGCCAGUAUGGCGUAUAGAAAAUGUGGAGUCAUACUUCUCAUAGUACCUAUGUUCCCUGAAGGCAACGUGAUAGAGAAAGGUCCUCAGCCUUCUUUGUUAUGCUGUCACUCAUGAUUCCACGCCCCUCUAAAGUGACGCCACGCCCCCCACGCCAGAUGUGGCCCAAAAGUUUAAAACUGAAAAGAGUAAAAAUAAGAUUUGAAAGCGAAAAAAAGAUCUGAAACCUGAAAAAAUAAGAUUUGAAACUGUAAAAAAAAAGAAGGCAAAUCUGAAAACAAAAUCUGCAACUGAAAAAAAUAAGGCCUCAAAUAUUGUUUAAUAUAUAUAAUAAAAAUGUCAACCUUCAAGUUAAUUUUUUUUUUUUUCAAAUUAAUGAAACUUUUGGCCCAGAUUUGGCUCCAUACAAGUCAGGGAUGUUUAAUGAUGCAGAUGGAACAACAGCAGAUUCUUUUGUUUGCUUCCUUGACUCAGUGAGUAUUUGAUCCCCUGUCUGACUGAAAAUGAAUGUUUUUAGGCUAAAUGCACAUCUAGAGGUAAGAUCAAAUCCAGCUGUGUUUUUUGUAGUCAGCAUGAAUUAGUCAGUUAUUUGGGGAUCGAAUUUCCAGAGGUGAGGAGACAAAAAAGAAUCAUUUUGUUCAAGUGUCAGUAUUUGGAAUAAAAAUGUCUGAUGAGUAAAUCUUAAAGAUGGGGAUGGGUACAGUUUACUGAACAUUUUACAGACGUUACUGGCACAUAAUAGUGGUUUUCUAACAUUACAUCUAUACAUUUUCAUUGCCCUGUUUGUGCCUUUUUCUUUCAUUUGUUUUUUUUUUCUCGUUAGUGCAAGCUGACUUCUGACUCUAUGUCCCAUGAAAAACAAGGAGAUCGAGAUUAACUCAGCAGGCAGAGUGUAGGAACAACUAAACAAAGCAAUUACAACAGAGAAAAUGAUAGCUAAAAGACGUCUGAGGUGAGAAAUGUUUGAAAUAGGCAGCCUUGAGGCGUGUUUAGACUUCUGUCUUCAACAAGUUUAUCUCCUUUUCAUGCAACAAUACAGUUUUACAGUCAGUUUGUACUAGCUAUAAACAGCUGUACCUUACCAGAGGUUUAUAGCUAGCAAAUAGCAGGAACCGACUGUGUAUGUGUUUAAGAUGCCACAGACUGCAAACAACAGUAGUUCCAGUCAUUCUUUGCCUCUGCACCCUUAUUGUUUUAUUCUCCUGUUGUGUGCAUAAAGUCCCAAAGGGGAAUCAUACAACUUUGAGAUGCAGAUGAAUAUUUAGCUCAAACUGUUUCAACUCGAGCAGCCUUAGGUAAGGUGAUGAGCUCCAGUAGUCUCCAGUGGAAAAAAAAAAUCUAAAAACCCCACUGGAUAUGUACAGCGUAGAGAUUGCAAUACUUUUCUGAUAUACUGUAAGAUAGCACCUCAAACAUGCAAUGUUGUGAAGUAGACAGAAUUGUUAAGAUUUGUACCAUUCAGUCAACAAGCAGCUACAGUGAAUAGUUUUUUUUAAAGUUGUUUAAAAUACAGAUCUGGACAUGGUUGGAUUAAUCUGUGAUGGAGGCCUCGCAUAAAUUAGUUUAGGGUUGCUGAGGCUGAACAGUGUAGACUACCAUACACAAGUACAAUGCACCAUAGCUGAACACACAUGGCAUCUUAAUUAUAUUUUGCCUGGAGACCCAGCCAACAACCUGUGCUCUGUCCAGGAAAACUACUAGAUCCAAGGUUUCCUGUCCCAGUUGCCUUUGACUUAGAACUUCUAGAUAUACCAUGACCUAGAGUAUCUUGACACACACACAGAUGUCUUACAAUGUUUUUUCUACUCUAUUUUGGUACCUGUACAGGUCCUAGAUAAUACAGAUCCUGCCUUAAGCCCCUUAGUCUGUCAGCUGAUUUUGUUCUUUAAGGACUUUACACACAAGGGAUGUGACCAGUAAAUGACAUGAAAAUGCUCAUCAAAACUAGAAAACUGUGAAUUUGCGAUAGUAUCCUCAUAUACACAAAUUUGAGACAUGGGUACAUUAAAUGAUACUUACUGCAGAUUUAGCAGGACAGGGACUGGUAGAAAAAAAAGGCAGCACCAGUCUGAUCUGGUCUGUUCUGAUGGUUUCAGUUCCCCAUCAGUACAUCUCACAAAGCAGUCAAGCACAGAGGCCAAUCAAAGUUACUAAUUCUAAGUCACUUUUGUCACAUUGUCUUUAGAAUUGUCUUUUAUCAUAUAAUAUAGGGGGCGAUGAGUAAAGCAAUCAGCACAUCCACCAAUAUCAUGAUAAGUUCUUGGUGAGAUGUCUGUUUUGCAAAUCAUUUGUUUGAUGCCUUUAUCAGUGGUGCUAAAGCUUAAAAAUAACUGAGCUUGUUCUGAUUUUUUGCUGCAUAAUAUUUGCUUUCUGUGUGAAAGUACUUAUGACAAGAUCAGCAGUUCAAAAUAAUAAAUCAAUUUGUGAACUGAUCACAUGAAGAAAACAUCCCUGGUGUAUCAAAUCCCUUUAGUAGUGCAGAUUGGGGCCCCUGAGCCUGCCUGCGUUACCUGGCUGAUGAGCCAGCCUUGGCUCUGGGUCUUGAGUCAGGCUGGGUCGAUUCAGCUGGGUCAGGUCAAGUACGGCCCCAGUAUCAGCUAAUGAUAACAGAUUUUACUAUGAGAAGAGCUGCAUGAAGCUGAAAUCCUGAAACAAUAGCUACCUCGUUUUUGGAAUAAAUGCCUCUUCAAGGUUCAAGACUCUCGAGACAGUUUGUGUUGGUUCGAUGGAAUGAGUUUGUGUGUCAAAGUCAAUGUGAACUCACAAACCAGCAGAAUACGAACAAGACCCACUGACAGCUUUUUAGGGUGACCGCAUGCCUUUUUAUGUUUACAGAGAAAACAUAUCACUUACUCAUUCAGCUAAAUAUAUACUGAGCUAUAUCACCAGUAGAGCUGCAACAAUUAGUCAAUUAACCAGUGAGUCUAUCAAAAGAAAAUUAGUCAGCUGUUUUGAUAAUUAACUAUUUCUGUUGUUUUUCAGGCAAAAAUGUCAAACAUUUGCUGGUUUCAGCUUCGUAAAUGUUAGGAUUUUACAUUUAUGACAAUAAAUAAACAGUCUUGGGUUUUCUGUAUUUUUUUUUUUGUUUUAUAGAUAAUCAAUUAAUCAUGAAAUGAAUUGGUAGGUUGUCGGUAAUGAAAACAAUUGUUAUUGGCAGUCCUACUCAGCAAGCCACAGUCGUGCAGGAAGUAACAGCAUUCAGUUUUUAAGUUCACUCAAAUGUGUGUCAAAUGGUAUGGCAACCAUCAGGGAAAUGUAGUUUUUUUUGUUCAUGAACACUGUGGAAUACAAACAAACGAUAAAAUUAUACCAACACCUUUUAGAGAUACAUUGUUUUUUUGUGGUUUGUUAUUGUUGUAUCCCUCAUGAACUGAUUUGUUCAUCAGGACUAUGCAGUUGUAUGCAUAUAAUUCCAAAAGUUAAUGCCUAAAUUGGCCAACUAUAGACUCUUGCAUGUUCCUGUGUCCCUCAUGAUAUCCACAACGAUGAUCAUUACAACACUCCACCUCAAACCACUAACAGGCAUUCAUCCAUCCAUCCAUUUUCUAUACCGCUUAUCCGUCAGGGUCGCGGGGAAGCUGGAGCCUAUCCGAGCUUAACAGGCAUUCAUUUAACUGUAAAUAUCAUUGCUAAUGCCAACCUCUGAUUUUAUAUACAAUAUCUAUCAUUGUGUUUGUUGAACUCAGUAAAUACAGUGAACCUUGAUACUGCCAUCAAAAUGGUAAAUGACUGCAUUUAUAUAGAAUCAAGCAGUGUUCUUCACUAAAGAGAAGCUUAUAUUUUAGUUUAGUUGCUGUAAACAUAUAACUUGUACAAUAUCUGCUUAACUGAGCUAUUCAGAUGUUCUGAACACAGUGUGCCUUUUCAUCUCUCUAUGUGAAGGUGAAUUUGACAUAUUUCCUCGUCAAUCUUUGGGUACAUUAUCACAUUAACAGCAAAUCAGGUCUUUUUUUUCUGUUUUUUUUUUUCAUCUUUGUGUCCUAGAUCUCAUGUUACUUACACAUAGCAGCAAUAGUGAGCUUGGUGAGCUGUGGAAAUGUGAUUGCUAUUGUUUUUGUGUAAAUGUAUGGUUCACAAGAGUUUGGGCUGCACCUUAUAACACUCAUUUGUUUGUCUUCUCUGGUGUGAUAGUCACAAAACUGCAAGGCAGGACUUGCACAGAGAGCUGAAAGAAUCAUACUGGAUUAUGGAUUUUAAAUGUUUCUGUUUGAUACAUUACAAGGUAAUGCACAUAGUGAAAUAAUGUGCAAAUGUUUUAGUACAAAAGGCGACAUGCCUGAUAAGUCUACUCAUGACUACUCUACAGAGACACCUAGUCAGUCAUCUAGCACUUGAUUGAACACACAUGAAGCCAACACCCGGCAGGUCAAGCCAUUACAAACGCACUAGAGUAAUAGAAUUACACAUACUGAUAUUUAUGUUGUACAUACAAAUGUUAGCUUGUACAACAGGAAUGGGAUCUAUUGGCACAGAAAUACCUUAGGGAAUGGGAAUCAAGGAGAAAUUUGUACUGCUAUGAGUACUGCCAUUUUUUUGGAGAUAGUUUACCAGCUGCCAUUGUCAUUCCUCAUUUGUCUUGUGUUGGUAGUUCAUCAUCAGAAAUGUAUAAAGUAUGUGUUUAAGACAAAUGCCCAUACAAAGAAAGGCUCUUGACAGAGCCAAACAAGUGAUGUAUCACCAAACUGAAGUUAGCUAAUGCUAGGCUUAGGAUUAGCUAUGCAAAAUGAAUGCUAACAAAAUGAAGGCUAGUCAUACAAAACUAAUCUACCAGUAUCUGGCACAAUGAAACACAUAACAUUGACCCACUGUGUAGUGUUUUGUGCUAGUUCAGCAGUUAUAUAGUAAACAGCCUGUGGAUGGCACUCUUGUAUAUCGAUCAGUGUAGACUCUCACUGUCUACAUAACUAGUAAAAUGUCACAUUUAAGUACCUACCUACAUAAUAUAUCUUACUAUCUAUCCAAAAGCGGGAAGAUGCGGUAGUCACACUUACUCUGUCUGACCUUAAGUUCUUCACUUACAGCAACAGUAUGAUCUCAUUUUUUUCAUUUGCUGGUUGUGUGAUUGAAUGUCACAUCCCACUAUACAACAGUGGUUACUGAUUAUGCAAAAAUUGAAGUUUAACAGGGUUUCACUGAGUUGAACGAGUUGAGACUAUCAAAAUAAAUGGGUGGUGACGGUGUAUAGGCUACAGCUGGAAAAUGGCCAAAAACGGUUGAUCACACUCAUUCUCUGGAAGAGUCCCAGAAAACAGAUGACAUCUAAUUCUUCAUUUAGGCCACUAGGGUGAGGCAUUUAAAAGUAGAAGACAAUAUCUGCAUUCACAUUGGAGUAAAAUCUGAUCCACAUUUGACAUGUGAGGAUUUGAUCCAUUUGUUUUCUAGAGGAUUGACUAGGUGUUCCUGCAGAGAAAUGGGAAGGGUGUAAUGCAUGUCACAUUUUGCACGUUUCAUUUGCAAGUCCAACUCUGACUGAAAUCCAGAGUCCAGUUUGAAUUUCAUCAUGUUCUCUGUGUGAGUCCUGCCUUUCUGGGCUUCACUGUAAAUGUAUCCAAUGACAUUCACUAAGUGUCUUUGUAGUUGAUGGUUCUGGGUGGUCUUCGUAAUGUACAUGUAUGUGCAACUCUGUGUCAGUGCAUGAAUAAAGUGAAGUUCUGGAAUGGA